AUGUCCAAGACUCUGUACGACGCCAAAAUCACCACCCACCUGUCUUCUGCCCGGGGGCACGGCGACCACGGAUGGCUCAACACGUACCAUUCCUUCAGCUUCUCGGACUGGUACAACCCCAAGCUCAUGGGGUUUGGGGCUCUGCGGGUGCUGAACGAGGACCGCGUCAAGGCCAACUCGGGCUUCCCCACGCACCGCCACAAUAACUUUGAGAUCUUCAGCUACAUCCUCUCGGGCGAGCUGACGCACCGCGACUCCAUGCUCAAGAAGGGAGCCGAGGGCGGGCAGUCGGACCGCUUCUUCCGCAUGCACCGGGGAGAUGUACAGUUCACGACGGGCGGCACGGGCAUCGCCCACUCCGAGUUCAACGAGCACAACCAUGACACGGUGCACUUUUUGCAGAUCUGGGCCGUGCCGUGGGCGCGCGGUUUGACGCCGAGAUAUCAUACGCGCCACUUUGACGACGACGACAAGCGCAACGGCUUCGUCAACAUCCUGAGCCCGCUCAAGGCCGGCGUCGAGGCCACCACCGAGGAGGAGAAGGCGGCCGAGCCCACAAUCCCCGACACAAUACCCAUCCACGCCGACCUGGUCAUGGCCGCCGGCAUCAUCGCCCCGGGCGCGGAAUUCGAGUGGACAGUGGGCGCCAAGGCGGACGGGGCGGCCAAGCGCAAGGUCUACAUCCACCUGCCCAUGACGAAAGGCGGCGGGUCAAAGAUCAGACUCGACGGGAGGGAGGACGCGGAGCUCGAGGAGGGCGACGGCGCGUUCGUGGAAGACGUCACGGCCGGAGACCGCCUCGUGGUUGAGAGCAUUGGCGAGGAAGAAGCCGAGGUCAUCGUUCUGGACACUGCGUGA